AGAUUUAGGAGCUAGUAAUAAUCUCAUGCCUUUCUGGGUUUUUCAAAGUUUGGGAUUAGGAGAUAUAAAAUUGGUAUAUGUGACUUUAUAGUUAGCGGAUAGAUCACUCAUAUACCCACAAGGAAUAGUAGAGGAUGUGUUAUUCAAAGUAGAUGAAUUCAUCUUUCCUGCAGAUUUUGUAAAUCUUGAUAUGGAAGAACAUAAAGAAAUUCCUUUGAUUUUGGGGAGAAAUUUUUUGAGAACGGGUAGAACUAUAAUUGAUAUGUAUAAUGGUGUUUUAUCUAUGUCUUUGGGAGAUGAAACGAUUAAACUUGAUGUUUUCCAUACAAUGAAGCAUCCUCGAGAGGUUGAUGAAUGUUUGGCGUUUGAUGUGUUAGAUCAAUUGAAUUUUGAUUUUAUUGAACCGCUAAUAGUGGAUUGGUUGGAAGCAUCUUUGAUUGCAAAAACAUCAACUGAGGAAGAAACAUUGAUUGAACAACUAUGUUGGUUGGAUUUGGCAAAGCCUUUGUCAAAGCCACGGCUUGAAAGUUUGGAGACGAAACUCCCACUCUCUGUCAAUUUUAAACCUUCAGUGAUCGAACCUCCAAAACUUGAGCUUAAAGUUUUACCUUCUCAUCUAAAAUAUGUGUACCUUGGAGCUCAUGAUACCUUACCCAUUAUUAUUUCUGCGUCUUUGACAGGUUUACAGGAAGAAAGGCUUUUGGAUGUAUUUCGAGAGCACAAGCUAGCACUUGGGUGGACAAUUUCCGACAUCAAAGGCAUUAGUCCAACUUUUUGCAUGCACAAGAUCAUCUUGGAGGAGGGCCAUAAAUCUUCAGUUGAGCAGCACAGGCGAUUAAACCCCAUCAAGAAGGAAAUUGUGAAGAAUGAAAUUAUCAAGUGGUUAGACGCAUGUAUUAUUUUUCCUAUCUCCGAUAGUGCGUGGGUUAGUCCGGUACCAUGUGUACCUAAGAAGGGGGGGUGACUUUUA